UUGUUUUCCCUUUUCCAGACGAUUCAGCACAAACUUGCGGAAAUCAAAACAGAUGUGGUCGUUGCCAGAGCAUUUGUCGACCAGUGCUUGGAACUGCAUAAUCGCAAAGCGUUGGAUGGAGCUAUGGCUUCAAUGGCCAAAUUCUGGAUAUCAGAUUUGCUGAACAAGCGAGCUUACGACUGUGUACAACUCCACGGAGGCUGGGGAUACAUGUGGGAGUAUCCCAUUUGCAAGGCUUACGUAGAUGCCCGCGUCCAGUCCAUUUAUGGAGGAACGAACGAGAUCAUGAAAGAACUAAUUGCCAGGACCAUAAUGGCGUGAUCCUUCAAACACCCGAAUGCGUCUAGCAUGAGUGAAAAAAAAGACAUUCACAUUUUGUGUAUUCAAAAUUUAAAUUUUGCUGAGUUUGUCCUUGGCUCGAGAGUAUUUUUGUUGUUUGUUCGUUCGUUUUUGCUCCUGUGUUCUCUUCGGGAAGAGUAUUUUUUCAUAUCGCUGCACCUUUUUUUUUCAGUCGGACAAAGUCCUUGAUAUUUAGCAAUUAAACACAUUUUACUCUUCUGUGUUCUGGACGUUAGUCAUAUGUCUUGAAAGAAUGCACUAUGUUUUUUGAAUGCAACUAACGAAGUUUUCAUUUCUCGAAGCUGUGGUCAAUAUCGAGAAUUCCUCAAAUGAACACAGGUGUGUUCUUCUAAGCCCUUCUAACUGAACAAUUUUUCUUGUAAAUUCUAGUUUCACCGUUUGUUUAAAAAUACAGUACUGUACUCCACAUCUUUCAUAUGCCAGUGAUUUCUGCGCGCGGUUCAUAAAAAAUUUGAUGCGUGAUAGUAUCAUUCAACGCGAUCCAUGGC